AUGGCUUUCCACAUCCGCUCCAACAGCUUCCCCUCAAGGCCACACCCGUUCAAGAAGUCGAUGAACAUUUGUUGUCAAGGAUGCCCUGUUGCAAACCCAGGAAUGUGCACAAGAACUUCAAUCAAUCCUACGAAGAAGGCGGGGAGGGAGGUGAGAAACUGGAGUCACAUGAGGUUAACAAAUACUUGA